UGUUCGCCGUGAAUUGGUCUGAACCACACUCCUUUUUAUUUCUCGUAUUUUCUCGAUUCCAAACAACGAUUUUCUCUCCAAAAUUGUUCGAUUUGCGUGUCAUGUAACUGAUAUUUCCAGAGACUGAAUUUGUCACAGUUUUAAAGCUUCUGUUCGGUAAAACAACAAUCAAGAUGGGCUGCGCUGGAUUCACCUGCUCCAAGAAUUCCCUGUGCGCGCUCAACAUCCUUUAUGUUAUGGUGAGUCUGCUGAUGAUCGGCAUCGCCGCAUGGGGGAAGUGUUUCGGGCUGGUGUCCAGUUUCCAGGUGGUUGGUGGCAUCAUAGGAAUUGGGGUUUUCCUCUUCUUUGUUGCCCUCGCUGGACUUAUUGGUGCCAUGAAGCACCAUCAGGUCCUGCUGUUCUUUUACAUGAUCAUCUUGUUCCUGGUGUUUGUUGUUCAGUUUGCAGUGUCCAGUGCAUGUCUGGCUAUUAAUGAAGAGCAACAGAAUCACCUGUUGGAGGUGGGCUGGAACAACUCUUUGACCACUCAGAGGGAUGUUGAAAAGAGUCUGAACUGCUGUGGUUUCUCCCACAUGGACAUCAAUGGAAGCUGCGCUGCUCCCUGUUUUCAUUACAGCACUUGCACCACAUGCGCAGCAAAGAUUCAGGAGCAUGCAGGAGAGGUGCUGCGCUUCGUCGGGGGAAUCGGCCUCUUCUUCAGCUUCACCGAGAUCCUGGGUGUUUGGCUGACAUACCGGUACAGGAACCAGAAGGACCCACGGGCGAAUCCCAGCGCCUUCCUAUAGGUCAGAUUCUCCUCAAUUUGUCAUUUGACCACUGAAAUCUUCACUGUUACAGAAAGUGUGCGUUUGCUUUUACCCAAGAGAAGAGGAGGCCAGCCUGUGUGUUCUUGCUGCUAUAUAUUAUUAUGUGCUUGAUUUUUUUUUUUCAAGAUUACAGUGUGACUGCACUGUACUGUAUGUUAUAUGAGGCUGUAUGUUAUGUAAUGAAAGAACACAACACCAAAUAUUAGUAUGCAGUACUUGCAGUAAUGGGCUGAACAAUCAACACCAUUUGGUUUAAUGUUAACCCUUUUAUUUCAUCUAGUAAAAACAUUAACAGAAAAUGAGCUGUUUUGAUCAGUAUGCUUUGUAUAGUGACAAUUUCAGAAUGUAUUCGUUUCAGUUAUACAUUGAUUAAGUCUAAUAGCGCACACGUUAAGAGUUAGCAUGAACGACAUAGUCAAAUCAAACUUGCUCGGAUUCACUUUAAUGCAAUAAAUUUGCAAUAAAAGUCAGUUACUAUAACUAUAGUUCAUUACUUGAACUUCGUUAUUAAUAUGAAAAAAGUUAAAACAAUUUAAAUAUAAAGAAUAACGAAAGAACGUUUUCACAAGCACUGUUCUGAUCUCAUGUUUCAUAUUCGACGUAUUUAUCUGCCUAUUUUAUAUUCAUUAUGUAUGUGUGUGUGUUAGUUUUACUGAAUUGAUUUUGUGUAUCGUUUUGGCUUCUUGCAUGCAUUCCUCAUUGUACAUCUAUAUCCAAUGGUUCUGUGAACUGCGAUUUAAAACAUUUGAAAAAAAAUAAAGAC